GCGGGUGCCGUUGGGAAAUGGAGCACAAACCUAACUGAAAGUUUCUUUAUAAAGUCCUUUUCAAACUUUAAUUAUGAGGAACAACUGUCUAAUUUUUCGGCCGUGAGGACAAUAUUUCCGCCAAUAGUGAAUACAUCAAGAGUCGACAUGAAGUGCUUGAAAGUGGAAGACUACAUCAAGAGGACUGUCUCUGUUGAAGAGACGCGGCUUUUGUCUCAGGAAUUUGAGAAAUAUGCGAGUAGUAAUCCUGGACUUAAUGUUCGCGUACUAUGUGACAGGAUUAUCAGAGCUUGCAACCAUCAGCUCGGACUUACAUCCUGUCACUCUGACCACGCCAAGGAGUUGGUGAAUUUGGUGGAGCUGAUUCUUCAUGCCUAUGAUACUUCUGUAAACAUUGUGCCGCGGCACAGUCCGUUAUACAUGGAGAUGAUCCUUUUCCAUGUUGUCAAGAACCUGUGCUCCUUAGGGGAAUACACUCUUUGCGGUCAACUGGCUGGAAUCCUUUGCUGCAGGAUUUCAAAAGUGCAAGAGACUGGAGAGGAUUGCAAUGUUCUCCUGCGGAGCUGUUUCACGGUGUUUUGGAACGGCCUCUCUGCUGCUAAAGAAAAGAGUGCACUGAAUCCUCGAGAUAAACUGCGCUGGCAGAUUUUAACUUAUAGCUUCUUAUUGUUGCUGGAGUCAAAAACAGAAACUCCUGCUUCCUUGAAGACCUCCGAAUACAUGCAAGAUGCCAUCGCUGCAUUCGUGAGUAGCUUUGAAGUCCUGACCAUGGAGGAUGCUUCAUAUCUUCUGGAGGAAAUAAAAACAAUGGUUAAGAGAACUAAUGGUGGGAGUGAAACCAGUGAGGAAGGGGAGAAAAUUCACCAUUUACCAAUAUUACGUUAUUAUAUGCUAUCUGAAAUUAUAUUGCUGUCAGUGAAGGCAAUCUGUAAGGUCGGCUACCACAGUCUAGCCCGAUGCUUCUUGACUGACAUGGAGAGCAUGACUGUGAACCGUGUUGGCUUUCCAAUGACACCGCUGGUUCUCUGCAAAUGGGCAAUAAUAAUUCACUCAGCAAAGAAGGCUGAUGAAGAAUGUCACGAGGCUUUGAAACACUGUGCUAGAAUUUUAAGAUCUGUUUCAACUGAGCUGGACUUCAGAGAAGGUCACACAGUUCUUGAAGUUUGCAACCUGUUGGUAUGGGCUGUUGAAAAUGGACACAGCAAAGUGCUGACUGGAACAGAGCUACUGGCUCUGUUUUCGUUUCUGGAGGAGUACCAAGAGCGGACACUGAGAAUGCUUGAUAAGGUUUCAGAAUUUAAAGUGGUGGGGGAAAACAUGCGAAAGUCACUUUGUUUGAACAUUUACCACGGCUUUGCAUUGGCAUAUGAGAGCAUGAAGACAUCAGAGCUGGAGGACAUUGACACCCUGGACAGGAUUGUGCUCUAUUGCAAAGCAACAACUGGGCUGCUGAUGUCUGAACUUCACAAGUUGUCAAAUGAAAGCCUUUUGAGCAAAUCAGUGGUUGCUGUGAGCAAUUUGACUUGUUGCAUGUUCAAUCGGCGCCUGUAUGAGCAGGCUUUCUCGCUGGUGGAAAUCGUCUGCAAGGAUCUGAUCAGGAAAUGGCCCAACACACUUUCAGCUGACAGAUUAAAUCGACCCUUCAUGCUGGCCGUGCAAACUUCACGGCGGGCUGGAAAACUGCAGCGAGCGCUUGACUGGAUAAUUGUGUGGCUGACGGCCCUGGGGGACCAAAUUACAACUCUCAUGGCUGAGCCCAUAUCUCUUUGGGUCAAAAUAAAGGGCGACGGCGCCUCUAACAACGACGAGGAUAUAAGACUUGUGACUUUACGUGAUGGUUUUGGUGCUGUCGUCCUUGAGGAGAAAGUCAUGCUGUGCCUUUUGGAUGAAGAGCUGCGUGCCUAUAAGGAGUCGACCAGAGACACGGCUCAAGAACGUUACAACACACUCUGUGAUCUACUGGACAUCUGCCAGGAGGAGAGUGCUUACCGACAUCUACGUGCCGUUUACCUCUGUGAAAUGGCCCAAGUGGUGUGCUUCCAGGAUUUCAGUGAGCAAACUGACUGCAUGGCCGUUGAUUUCACCAACGAAGCUUUACGGCUUCUUGACGAAGAACCAGAGACUUCAGAAAAUGCUGACAGACUGAAAGAUGACAAAGCACAAGCCUUACUCUGGCUUUAUAUUUGCACUCUGGAGAAGAACCUGCAAGAGGCCAUUGAAAAUGAUAAAAAACGUAAAGAGCUCCGUGAAAACACAGAGGAUGCAACCAAUCCUGUAGGCAACAAUGACUUUGAUUAUGAAGACAAGCAGAAGACACAGGACAGAACUCUGGCGUAUGAAGGGCUUCAUCUGAACCUGUCUGCAGAAAAAAAGCUGUGUCAGCCACUAGAAAAAGCUCUGGCGUUCUGGAGUGACCUUUUUAAAAAUCGAGCCAUGCCUGCUGUCAGAAACGCUAAGCAGACCUGCAGCUCCAUUUCUUCUGCUGCUGCUCUCUUCAGACUCAUUGGAAAGCCCCUGAAGGCUCUGGAGGCGUACCGCCUUGUGAUCAAAUUUUCCCGUGAACUUCCUGAUAUUGGUUAUUGUGCUGCAGCUCUCUGUCAAACAGCCAGCAUCCUACUGGACUUGGGCUCUGCUGACCUAGCUCUGGCUGCGAUAGAGGAAGCAGAGAAAAUGCUUUCUUCAAACUCCAAAGAUGAUGGUCCACCAUAUAUCUCUGUUCUGGUUGUCUUGUUAAAGGCUCAGUACUUCUACAGCAUAGGACAGAUUAGCAUUGGACUCCCUUAUCUGUGUCAAGUGCUGGAAGAAGUAAAUGAUGAAAAACAGUCAAAGAACUGGUACCUGCUGCGAGCGCGGACUCUGCAGAUCUGCGGUUCCUAUUUGAAUCUGGACGUCAGUCAGCUGCCUCAAGCCCAAAGAAGCCUCAUCUCUCAGUUCGGUAUAACUUCUCCUGAUACUGCCAUAUAUGAGGGACUUAAGCUUCUCUGCAGCUUGCUGGUCACUUUAGUGGGAAAAGGCCUGUACUGGAACACUGCACAUAAUGAAGAAGUGCGAUUUGUUCACCAAGGAGAAAACCUGGUCAUGAAGUGGCAGCUGCUGUCAGAGCUGCUGAACUCCUCCUCAAAGCUGGUCGCUGUGCGGAGCAGCUCUGGUGCCAUCAAUGAGGCCAGGUUCCAGUGUUUAGAAGCCCUGAAACUGGCCAUCAAGCUGCAAGCACUUGGCCGCUGUGUGGAGUUCUUGGUGCUUAAAGCAGAGUUGGAGCUGAAGCAGGGGGAAACGGAAGAAAGUCGAACAGAUCUGAAUUUUGUCAAAACCCUCCUGGAGCACGACGCAGAUUUGUCAGAUCAGGUUAAAAGGACGGAUGUCAAAAUCAAACCGAGAAAAGGUCGUCCUGCUCAAAGACCUCAGUCGCCUCUUCCAUCCACGGAAAAUGAGCUAAAGGACAUCUUGAGCAUCAGGUGGAGCGCCAAAGAAGUGGUCAUGAAGGAUGUGGCCAGCUCUCCGCCCCUUAAAGCUCCACCUGUGACCUGGCUCUCCUCACUGACCCAUGAACCUGAUUGUCAGUGUUCCUGCUGCUCAGAGCUGUGUUUAGGCCGAGCCUCGGCUCACUGGGCGGCAACGCAGGCGGAGCUUGCUCUUCAGCUUGAUCCAAAUGACCUCAGUGUUACUUCUAAGCUUCACUGGGCAACUUUAGUCUGCUGUAAAAACGUGACCAUGCGACUCAAGAAGAAGCUGACUGAGCUCUUCCCUCCCUGCAACCCUGCAAGAGGCAUCUCCAAACCGUCCCUGAUGCAGGACGUGGUGGGCCGUGUGUACCUGAGCAUGGCCCAGGCCGAACUUCAAACAAAGGCCAACAAAGUCUCUGGCUUGUGGAAAAUACUAGAUGCUGGCCUUGCAUUUAUGGAUUCCACAUCCUCUCCUGCGCUGCGACCUCUAAGAGGGCAUUUGAUGGCAACUAAAGCCAUUGCUUUACUGAUGAGUUUGGCUGCCAAAAAAGGCUGCAGGCCUGAGGAACUGUUUUCAAAGACCUGGACAUGGAACGCACCAAAGGAGCCGAAGGACAUCGAGUCCAGGGAGAAUUCAGUCCCACCUUUAAAACUAAAGAAGGCCAAAGCCUCCAUUCAAAGCCCGAAUGCUGCAGAGAAAAAACAGGAGCCAAAAAAAGUCAAAGCGGUCAAAUCCAAAAUUCAAUUCACCGGCAACUCAACCAAAGCAAAGAGUAUGGUUCCCAAGACGCCAGUUGUUGCAAAAUCUAAGUCCUCUUCUGACGUGUUUGAUUUCAACACGGUAGUUCCUACUUUGAUUUUCACUCCUGUUCAGAAUAUGCAAUGCCACGCUUCAGUACAUAAGGUGUCGAGAAGUACGACUAAAUUCCAGUUUCAUGUGUAUGAAGACGUGUCACCAGUUCAAAACAAGGUUCCUCCUGUGCCUGCGGCUCCGAAACGGACUAAGAAAACACGCUACAAGGUUGAGUUUAGCGAUGAGAGUGACUCCGACGUAGCUCCCCAAGCAGACCUCAAAGUGUCUGCAAAUGUGCGUAAAAAUCGAACAUCUAGAAGAGCUGCUGCUAGGCCUAAAACGGCCACAGAUCCACCUGCAGAGAACACUGCAAUCAGGAGGCCAACCAGAGCAAAAACGAGCGUGGCAAAGCCUCGACCGGCCUCUUCUGAGGAUGACGAGGCUUUGCUUCGUCAGCCUGCUUCCAGCAGAAGAGGAAGAAGCAGAAAACAAUCAUCCAAGACUGAAGAACUGCAGGAUGAGCUGGACACCAUGAGGACUAUCGUGGAAGAAGCUGAUGGUGUCCUAGACAUAAGCAUCGAGCAGCUCAGGACGUCUGAUGCUGAGGAGAAUCAGUCAGCUGCAGCUAAAGACAUCAACAUCGACUUUGAGGUGUUGAGGAGGGAUAUGUACUGUGAUUUGGAGAAAGGUGGGCUGUUUGAAAAGAGAAACAAUGGCCGUCCAACAGAAGAUCGAUCAACCAACAUCGCUCACGCAGACAUCACGCCAGACAAUCUUUCGGUGGAGGACGUUCAGGCUCUGCUGCACUCAGCACUGCUGACUCUUCAUCACUUCCCCUGCCCAACAAUCUACCCAAGCCUCUGCACUCUUCUGGCCCUGACCACAGGGGAGAGCGACCCUAAAAGCACAGCAAUGUUGCACGCCCAGUCGUUGGGAGUCAACAGUCGCCAUCGCACAAUCCGCUACUUAAACAGCUCUCGCCUAAAACUGAAAAAAAGGUCCAGCAGUUUACCAGAAAAAAUGGAUGCUCUGAGUCUGAAUGAGCCCAGUUUGACUGAAGAGAAGCUGUGUCAGAUGGACGACAUAUUUUCCUUCCCCACUGCAGACUUCUGUUCCUUCCCCAAGAACCCGUGCCAAGAGUUUACCCAACAAAUUCAACAGCUUCCACCAGGAGUAACGGUGUGUUUAAUGUCCGUGCUGGGAGUAAAACCAGGGCAAAUGGGGGAAAGCUUAAUGCUGACACGUCUGGAGAAGGACUCUUCCCCCAUCACUCUUCAUAUCUCCACUUCCAAACAAGAGCUCACCGUUGGGUGGUUGGUCCAGGAGAUGGACAGCAUUCUGGCAGAGCAAAAGGCUGUGAGCUGCGUGGCUGAGAAAGCCAAGUGGUGGGAGGGUCGCCGAGCUCUUGACUGUCGACUUCAGCAACUGCUAAAAGAAAUGGAAAAAAUGCUUGGAUGCUGGCAGAGCCUUUUUUUACCUCUUGCACAAGAUCCACAGCUCACCGAUCAGGCUAAGGAACUUAGCAAGGCGUUAUCUAAGAGAGGAGUGACUGUGAGUGAGAAGAUGCUGAAGAUUGUGCUUUCAGCUUCUCACUCUCUCUCUGAAGAAGAUCUUAAAAGAUUUGGAUCAGGACUUUCCCCAAAGUGGGACACGGCCUGUGAUCAUCUUUUCCGCACAGCAGUGUCUCAGCUCUCAGAGAGAACGGAGGCCAAAGGUCACGUGGUUCUAAUCCUGGACAAGUAUGUUCAUAGAUUGCCAUGGGAGAACAUGACAGCCCUAAAGUCUCACUCCAUCAGCCGGAUGCCUUCUCUACAUUCUCUGAUCGGACUGAACUUUCAGAAGGAGACGGAUCCUCAGUCCGUCCUGAGGCAGGGUGUGGACCUGAAGAAGGUGUUUUACGUUCUGGACCCUGAUGCCAAUUUGAAAAAUGCACAGGAUCGGUUCAAGGAGUGGUUUUCCACUAAACCAGGCUGGCGGGGUGUGUGUGGUGUCGCUCCUGACUCAGGACAACUACAAGAAGCUGUUGCUUCCCAGGAUCUGUACAUUUAUGUGGGACAUGGAGCAGGAGCCAGGUUUCUGGACAGCCAGGCGGUCCUCAAGCAGCAGAUGAGAGCUGCCUCGCUGCUUCUGGGCUGCAGCAGCGCCGCUCUGGCGGUCAAAGGCAAUCAGGAGGGACAGGGCAUCAUUCUGAACUACCUCAUAUCAGGCUGCCCCUUUAUUUUGGGCAACUUGUGGGAUGUAACUGAUCGGGACAUCGAUCGCUUUACCAAGGUCCUGCUGGAGUCCUGGUUCUCUGCAGGAUCCGGAGCACCGCUCAUGGAGUUCAUAAAUUCAUCGCGUCAGGCCACACACCUGAAAUACCUCAUAGGAGCCGCACCCGUCAUCUAUGGGCUACCCAUCCACCUGCAGUAGGACUGGAAGCCUUAAAAUACCUAGCAAUAAACAGAAUAAACACUUUGUUUACCCAACCCUAUGACGCUUUAUGAACUCUGAAUGUUUUUUUCUAACCCUAAUUUUUUUUGAAAAUUUUGUUUUUAAAAUUGCUACAUAUUUUGAAUAAAUGAGGUGACACAUUCA